GAAAAAGCUCCAGAGUGCUGGAUGUGGCGGAGUUUCAGUACUCAGAGCAGCCUGAGCGGGGAGUUACAGUACAGUCCUUACUAAACACACACACACACACAGAUAGAGCAGGCAGGCGUGAACAGGUGGGCUCACACCCCCAGCUUCACCCCUGGCCCGGUUAUGAGUGUGGGCUCAGCGCGCGCUGUUGGAGUCUCGUGCGGAUAAUGAUGUGCUGUUCCCGGCGGAAGCGGCGCGAGACGCUGUGAGGCUGCGCGCGCUGAGUGUGAGGCGAUCGGGAUGAAGGUGACGGUGAGCUUCGGCCGGACCCGGGUGGUGGUUCCGUGCGGAGACGGCAACAUUAAAGUCCGCAGCCUCAUCCAGCAGGCCAUCAUGCGCUACAGGAAAGCCAUCGCCAAGGACCCAGCCUAUUGGAUCCAGGUUCACCGGUUGGAGCACGGUGAUGGAGGCAUCCUGGACUUGGAUGAUGUGUUAUGUGACGUUGCUGAUGAUAAAGACAGGCUGGUGGCGGUGUAUGAUGAGCAGGACCCUCAUCAUGGAGGAGACGGCACAAGUGCGAGCUCCACGGGCAGCCAGAGUCCAGACGUGUUCAGCAGAGGAGAGAUCAGCUCCGGCACCCCAUCUGCCUUCCAGCCGUACCAGAACAGCAGCGAGAUCGAGGUCACGCCGCUGGCCCUGCGCACCAACAUGCAUCUGCAAGUGAGGCGCAGUAGUGAUCCAGCUCUCGUGGGUCUGCCAGAGACUCCACUCCAAACAGAAGAGCCAUCCAGGAAGAACCCGACACGCUGGUCCACCACAGCUGGUUUCCUCAAACCCAACGUCACUACUGGAACCAACAGCUUGGAGCGCAAGGUUAAAGGACCCGCUGGGUACCGCAGUCUUCCCCGUGACACAGCAGCAUGGUCCAACCAGUUCCACAGAGAGGGCGCUCGCUCCUCUCUCAGUGCCAACCAUCCCAUGGUGGACCGCUGGCUCGAGCGCCAAGAGCAGGAUGAAGAGGAGGAAGAGAGGAGGAGAGACGAAGGCAAGAACGGACGAAUAGAACCGGUGGGACGAGCCGACUCGAUCUCUCUCGAUGACCUGCUCAAACCAGUGGAAGUGUCGAAUGGCGGCGGGCCACUGGGAAUCCACGUCGUGCCGUUCAGCUCCAAAGACAGAAGGACUCUGGGGCUGCUCGUGAAGAGGCUGGAGAGGGGAGGAAAGGCCGAGCGCGAGGCUCUCUUUCAGGAAAACGACUGCAUCGUGCGCAUUAAUAACGAUGACCUGCGCAACAUCCGAUUCGAACAAGCACAGAACUUAUUCAGGCAGGCCAUGCGUUCCCCAUUCAUCCUGUUCCAUGUGGUUCCAGCAAUGAGGAAAGUACAGUAUGAACAGUUCUCCCAGAGUGAGCUGGGUGUACAGCCUGGCCUUGGCCCCAAACAUCUCCCCCCUGACCCCAAACCCGGUCCCAUUCCUAGCCGACUAACUCCUGAAUCCAAACCUGGGGAAAGGGGUAGUGUGGUGGUUGGAGGCAUUGAUUACAGCCCUAAAAGACUGUCUAAGAGCGGCCCUCAUCCUAACAUUAAUCAUCAGACCCCGUCUUCCCAAAUGGAGCAAAGCCAACCUUAUCCUGGAUCAGCGCCCAUCAUCAGUCCAGCCAGCAAGAGUACGCCCUCCACAGGCUUCACCAAAAAGAUCGGCCGCAAGUUCAACGUCCAGCUCAGAAAAGGUCCAGAAGGACUUGGCUUCAGUAUCACAUCACGUGAUGUCCCCAUAGGAGGCUCCGCCCCAAUCUACGUGAAGAACAUCCUUCCUCGUGGAGCAGCCAUCCAAGAUGGCCACCUGAAAGCUGGUGACCGGCUGCUGGAGGUGAACGGCGUGGAUCUGAACGGGAAGUCUCAGGAAGAGGUGGUGUCUCUCCUCCGCUCCACUCCAAUGGGAGGCACUGUUAGUCUGCUGGUCGUCCGCCAGGAGGAGGCCUUCCUGCCACGUGAAGUGAAAGCAGAGGAUGAUGACUUGGUGCUUACUCCCGAUGGGACACGGGAGUUCUUGACCUUUGAGAUUCCUCUGAAUGAUUCAGGUUCGGCCGGGUUAGGAGUCAGCGUAAAGGGCAACCGCUCGAAAGAGAACCAUGCCGACCUGGGCAUCUUCGUUAAGUCCAUCAUCAACGGAGGAGCCGCCUGCAAGGAUGGCCGCUUGAGGGUGAACGACCAGUUAAUAGCCGUGAACGGAGAAUCACUGCUGGGAAAGACCAACCAGGAAGCAAUGGAGACUCUACGCAAGUCCAUGUCUAUUGAGAGCAACAAAAGAGGCAUGAUCCAACUCAUCGUGGCCAGGAUGGUGGGCGGGAGGAAUGAGGAUGGUGCAAGAAGUCCAUCGGUGUCCGAGGUGUCACUGACCCGCUCUCAUGAGGAUCACGAGCGACGCAUCUCUCACUCUCUCUACCCCGGAGCUGUCGAGGGCAUGGACGACCCAGUCAACACUCGCUCUGUCAUGGGCAGAAUGAUCGGUAACUACCAGCUGUCCCCUACUGUGAACAUGCCUCAGGAUGACACCGUCAUCAUUGAAGAUGAUAGGCCGCCUGUUCUUCCUCCUCUCCUGUCUGACCAAUCAUCUUCCAGCUCCCAUGAUGACAUGGGCUUUGUGAUAGAGCCGCCUGUCUCCUGGGCCAAAGAUAUUCAGAUUCAAGAUGAAAGCUCACUGAGUCCCGACGCAGACCCCGACGGAGCGUUUCAGAGGGAGGGCUUUGGCAGGCAGAGCAUGUCGGAGAAAAGAACCAAACAGUACGGAGACGCUGCUCAACUCGAAAUCAUCAAGACGCGCAAAUCCAAGAGCAUGGAUUUAGUAGCUGACGAGAUUAACCUCACACCCCGCCCAAACAGGACAGAAGGUAACUCCACAAGAGAUGUAGGACCCAAUCUGGGCCUGAAGAAGUCCAGCUCUCUGGAGAGUCUCCAGACAGCCGUGGCAGAGGUGACGCUCAACGGGGACGUCCCGUUCCACAGGCCUCGUCCCAGAAUAAUCCGUGGACGUGGUUGCAAUGAGAGCUUCCGCGCGGCUAUCGACAAAUCCUAUGACAGACAGGCCGUGCCGGGCGAUGAAGAGGAGGACGAAGGCAUGGAGACAUUGGAGGAGGACACGGAGGAAAGCUCACGCUCCGGCCGGGACUCCGUCUCCACGGCGAAUGAUUUGGCUUUACCGGCUGGAGCGGCUUACCAGGACGGCCAGGUGAACGGCGGACGGCCCAAAGACGAGCGGAAGAAGGAGAAAGGAGGGAAGGAAAAGAAGGAAAAGAGCAAAGCCAAGAAAAGUGUGCUGAAGGGCCUGGGUGACAUGUUCAGGUUUGGCAAACACCGCAAAGAUGAGAGAACAGGGGAGAAGAUAGAACGCAAAGGCUCAAGCAAGAACAAAAUGGAUGACAUGCAGGCCACAGAGGAGGAGAUGCAGAGGAUGCGUUUGGAGAGAGACAGGAUCCAGGCCAAGACCAGGGAGCUGCGGGAGCGACAGGCCAGGGAAAGAGACUAUGCCGAGAUUCAAGACGUGACCCGAACUUUCAGCUCUGAUGAGGAACACCCCUACGCAGGCAUCGGCUCGCUCGACUCGUCCAUGGACAGCAGCCAGAGCCUGAACCAGGAGCAGAGGCCUCACAGUCCCAGAGAUCAGGGCCUAGAGAGCCUGUACGCCCAAGUCAACAAGCCACGCAACGGAGGACCACUAUCUUCAGACAGACAGGCAAUCGACAGGGUAGGCCUGAACCUCUACAGGACUCAGGUGCAGGAGAGCAGACUAGAGCAUGCUCAGCGUGCACUGAACUGACAGGUGCCAUGCUGAUUGAGAUUUGGGGAGCGUAAAGCAAACCCUCACCACUGUGAUACACACCGGCUUGAUUGACGGCUGCUCCCAUUAGAGCUAUAUUCUCUAAGCUGCUGCUCUAAGCUGAGAGAGUGAGGGAAAGAAGGAGAGAGAGGGAGAUAUCUCUCGCUCCAGAGAUUUUGGCUGUUGAGAAAUUCACCUACAGAGAUGCACAGCAAGAUGUUUUUCCCUCUCUCUGUCUCCCCGGUGCUUAACUUCUUUUCCUUCUCUCUCUUCUAAAUCCACUUCCGCCUGACUUUGCAUGGUGCUGAAAUUGGAUUAUAAGCCGCAGGUACCUUUCAGGUCAUGGCUUUCAUCUGUGUGUGAAGCUGUUUACGUUGGGGGUUUAGUUGCUGUUAGGCAGAGAGAGAGAGAGAGAGAGAGGAGUGAAGCAGUAAUCCCUCAGACACAAACAUACUUUAUACAUCUGCAUUCGUGUCUCCCAGCUGCAGCGCUGAUGUCAACAUUUACCAAUUGUCCUCUACGGCAUCAUCAUCAUCAUCAUUUUUGUUAGUGACAUCAUUGUUGUCGUUCCUGUUGGCGUGGUCAAAAUGUUCAGUGAAGUACAAUUCAAAAACAUCAUGUCAGAAUCAUCAUCAGUUAUUCAAUCCUCUAUCUUGCCAUCCAUCCAGUCCUUCUCCAUCCUUCAGUGCUCAAUCUUUCCUUGAACGUUUCAUCGACCCAAUCGUGUUUGACACUUCCAUCCAUCCAAUUAUCCCUCCUCCGUAGUUUCAUCCUUCACUCUUCCUUCGUAUUCUCAUCUAUCCAAUCCUUCGCCAAUCGUCCAGUCUUCCUCCAACAUCCGUCCAAUUCACCCAUUCCUCCUCCAUAGCCCAUCCACCCAGUAACUCCUUCCUCCCAUUUCUCUAAGGCCCUGGUCACACUACAGCUCGUGAUGGGUUUAAUUUUUGAAUACUCGGUGAUGAAAAAUUGAUAGCAUCGCUGCCAGUCGUGCAAUACACGGCAAAUGUUCUCCGAGCUUUGCGAGUUCUUUUUUUUGUUGUUGUUGUAUCUCUGCCUUGCAAGUAGCCAAAAAUAUUAUGUAAAAUUUCACUGAAAUUUGGUGGUGAUGUUUUCAUCAGCAAACUAAGCAGUGGGUUUGGGAGUACUUCCCAAAACUCUGGGAAUCUUCUUUGAGUCUCUUGAGAUGUAUUUGUCUCAAACCCAUGUCCCUAAUUAGUCUGGUUAACACCAGACCAUAUCACAAGUGAAAUAUGGUCUGGAAUCCGCCUAUUGAAUUUCUCGUAGGGGAGGUGUGGUUUACGAUUGUCAACGGCCGUUUAUUGGACGUUGCGAAUGUCUAUCAUUUGGCGUAUACGUAGCCCAUGGCCAAUCAUGGCAGUUGUACCCGGUGACGUAGUUAGAGCGAUGAAGAGGCGAAGAAGAGAAGGAAAGAGCAAGGCAAAGGCAUCUGUCUUCGUGUCAACGAAAGACUGUAACGCCAAACGCUGUUCUUUUUUUUAAAACAAACUUUCGCUCUAAACUAUUCAGAACAGUGUCUAAAGCUUGAUCGAAAGUUUGGUUCGUAUCGCUCGCCGCCAUGUGAUCCAUAAACAGUCCCAAAUAAACUACAAGCUUCCGUUUGUCGAGUAGUACGCGUCACCAUCUUCCCACCCCUCCCCACUCUCUGAUUGGCUCCCUAACUCAGGCGAGCCUUUAGACCAUAGUUUCCAUGCUGUCUUUUCAGAUCGGAACGAUUGUGCAAAGCAGCAUGGGAUUUCCCAGGCUAGUCCCUAAUGCUCGCAGGAGCCUCAUCAACACAGCAGCUUGGCACAGCCUCACCUUCGCCAAGACUUAAAAAGUGUAUUUACAUUCGGGGAUCCUUCGGAGCACGUUGUGUGUGCGCUUGGGGCCCAGUCGUGAUGGGAAACACCUGAUGCUAAUUUGAGCGCAGUCAGCACGCACAUAUAAGGAUGCUAUUUUCAGAGAGACUUUGAGAAGUAUUCUGUCAGGUAUGCGGCGGUGGACGGAUCUAAGUGCAGGAAGAGUGUUUAUUAGCAGGCAUGAUAUUUACAAAAACAAAACCGAAAGCAGAGUCAUAAACAUGGCUCGAAACAAACGUGACUGUGGUGAUAAUACUUCACAAAGCCUCUGUGUCCUUAUAUGCGCAUGCUGAUUGCACUCAAAUCAGUGUCAGGCGUUUCCCAUAACCACUAGGUCCUGUGAGUGAGUGAAGGUGUAACAGUCAAGUGUUCCCCUGCUGUGUAACCACAACUUUUAGCUCGUCUGUAUAUCACCAUGCGUCAUCACCAAAACGCCUCAUUUUCAUCGAUAACCAAUCGCAAAGCAUCGCGAGCAAUAGUGUGACCGUAGCUUGAUCAAACUCCAUCAUCCCAUCCAUCCAAACCUUGUCCAUCUUCCCAUCUACACACACUUGUAUCUUUUCCCCAUUCAUCCAGGCUUCUUCCAUAGUCCCAUCCAUCCAAUCGUCUUCUGUCUCCUCAUUUGUCCAGUCCUCCUCCAUAGUCCUCCUCCCUCUCUUGAUCUGUCCAGUCCAGUCUGUCUAAUUCUCCUCAUUUUUCAUUCUUAGAAUUAACCCAAACCACCUCCUCCACUCCUCCUAUAUGGAAAGAGCGCAUAGUACGAAAAGUGUAAAGUACGUAAGUAAGUAAAUUUUAUUUAUUAUUAGCAACAGACAACUUUUUGCCACAUGAACAUUGUUUUUCUCAGUUCAAUUUUGCAUCACCCUCAGUUUUCACAGAUUAGUUUUUCCCCCAAAAUCACCACAGGCACAUUUGCGUUAUCUCUGUUUGCAUUCUUUAAUUAGCCCUGAAUCAAAAGUUAAUAGCAAUAGUGAAUUUAUUAUUAUUUUCUUCUCAAUUCAAUUACGCCGCCAUUAAAUUCGAGUGCAUCUGGAGCACUUUCUCUUAAAUAGCAUUUUGUUAACAGUUCAUUGGUAGAUAGAUAGAUGAGCACUUUGAGAUGGUUACACACUCUUGUAUUGUGUGUGUGUGUGUGUAUGUCUGUCUAAUCUUCUUUCUCAUCAGGGUCUGGGGAACAUGAGAAAUUCUAUAGGACUCCUCUCUGUGCGCGCGUGUGUGUGCGUGUCUAUAUAUAUAUAUAUAUAUAUAUAUAUAUAUAUAUAUAUAUAUAUAUAUAUAUAUAUAUACGCACACAGACAUAUAUAAAUAACAAUUAUUCCACAAAACUGAGUCGUAUAUGAGCUGAUAGCCAUAAUUGUUGGAAUAAUUGUUCUCUCUACAUUCACUCGAUUUUGAGAAACAUGGCAUUUUUAUUUUUCGCAAAGUUGAUCAAUAAAAACUUUAUACAAAAUGUCCAACGAAAUAAUUUCCAUUUUGGUGGACUUCUUAAAACCCUAUCGAUGGCUACAGAAACUGACUUUAGUGGGGUUUUUUUGUAGAAAGUGACGUCUUGCUGUCAUGCCGAGGUAUAGAAUAGUUUGAGACAUUUAAUUAAUUCUUACUUGCACAUUUCAGUUCUGUAAUGUUCAAACUUCUUUGAGCUUUUGAACCAGACUAAAAAAGUUCAACAAAUUUGAAUGCUUAAAGAUGAAGAAUGUAAACAAACUGGCGAAAUAUACUCACGGUAUAUGAGCUGAUAUCCUAGUAGUAGAGUAGCCAAUCAGAGCGUGAUUGCUCAUAUCCAGUGAAUGUGCAUAUACUAACAGGUUACCUGGUGUUGCCUGGGUUUUGCAAAAUUCUAGGUUGCUCCCGGACUUCCAUGUCAAAUUUGGUGAAGACCCUUCGAGAAAUGGUGAUGCUAGCCCAAGACAAACACAAAUCCAAACAUUCACUACCCAGGGGCCCACUGGGGACCCCCUGGGGCCCAAAUAUGGAAUUUCUGAGUUCUGCCAAAUUGUGGCCAGUUCCUGUACCUACUUGCCAAGUUUAGUGAAGAUCUGUCAAGAGUUUGUGUUGAUAAAUGUAACAUGAAAGGCAUUGAGGGAGGGGUGGGUGGAUAUUGUGUCACUCGGGGACCUCCCUGGGGCCCGUAAAUGAAUUUUGUUUAUAUCUGCAAAAUUCUGGGUCAUCCCCGGACCUACUUGCCAAAUUUGGUGUAUUUGGCUCAUCUUCCUCAAUAAAUAAAUGACCAAUAGGGUGCAUCAGUUGCCCCCUAAAAAUGAAAAGUUCCUCCGAUCAUGAUGCGUUUUUGUUUUUAUGUUCCUUUUGGUAAGAAAACACACUGGGUGAAAUAUUUUGACAAAAUUCAAAAGUUUAAUGGUGGCACCAGGAGCUCAAAGUUAUGGAAAAAGCUGCUAUUUUAUGAUAAAAUUUCGAUCACUUUUCAUGAAACAUUAUGGCACCUUAUAGAGUAUACCAAAUCUCUUAGAUACACAUUUUUAGUACAUAUUCUAAAUAUAUUAUCAAGCACAGUUUGAGUUUUAGCUGUUCAUUGAAUCAUUGUUCAACUACUUUUAAACAAUACAAAUGUAUUAUGAAUCACAUUAAUGCUUCUCAAUCCCUUGCAAAGGUUCUUAACAUGAUCUCUGGCUCACAAGAAAUCAAUAAAUGGAGUCCAACAUUGUGAUUCAAACCUUACACGAAAACAUAAAAUAAGCGUUUUUUGGCAAAAAAAUGAACGUCAUGGUGCCACCAUUAGACUUUUGAAUAUGGUCAAAAAAUUUUACAGGAUGUCUUUAUUGGUGAAAAGGAACACCCAAACAAAAAUGCAUCAGAUUUUAUGAAAGUGAGGGCAACUGAUGCACCCUAAUGACCAAGUAUAAUAUUUUUGUCUCAUUUGUUUAACUGGGUUCUCUUUAUCUACUUUUAGGACUUGUGUGAAAAUCGGAUGAUGUUUUAGGUCAUAUUUAUGCAGAAAUAUAGAAAAUUCUAAAGGGUUCACAAACUUUCAAGCACCACUGUAAUUGUAAUCGCUCACUUCUGGGACAAAUGAAGUGUCUGAUUUGUAUAUUUUUCUCUCUCUCUCUCUCACACACACAUGGCUGGGUAUCAUUACUGGGUUUUCGCUUAAAAUAUAUUUUUGGGCCUGAAUUUGCAUCCUAUUUUGAUAGUUUACCUACCGCUGUGGUUGGGGCCGUCCCCACCUCCGUACUUUUCCUGCCUGCUUUGCGCUCUUUCUCCAUCCAUCUCCUGCCACUCUGGCAUGCUUGGUUUCUGGCAGCGGGGUGGCUGGUUUUUAGUGUCUUGUUGGUUUGCUGCUGGGUGGAUGGCUGCCACGCCUUCUCUGGUAUGAAGUUUGCUGAUUGUGUGCUUUUUUUAAAGCACCUACUUGCUAGUUGUAACCCUGGUGAAGUGCUGAUGGGCAUGCCACCACAGCCUGAGGCAUUUCGCUGCCACUUUAAAGAAGCACAUGAUUUUUGUGAGACGGUUGGAGCUGCUUGAUGCCUCUAGUGCUGAAUAUUCUCCUACAAGAACAACCUGACUUUUCAAUGUACUGUACUACUAUUCCCUAGUUUUUGGAUUAGUAGUAAUGAUGAUUCCUUACAAUAAUUGUCUUGAUUUACUGAAUUGUCUCUUUUUUUUUUUUUGUCAUAUGAUUUGCCUUUGUGGUUUGCUGUUUUCUUUCCAGUGUGUUAUUGUGCUUGUUUAUACCUUCUUUUCUGUCCUUUGUUGCAGUGUAUUCCCUCUAUUGAUUUUGUAAAGUCACCUUGAGCGUGAGCUUGGGAAAUGUGCUACCCAAAUAAAAUGUUAAACCAUGUAAAUCUUUACAAUGUAAAUGGUUUUACAGUUUCUCAUACAGUAUAUAAAUGCUAUGAUAAAC